GCCCCUCAGGAGGGAGACUGGGAGGCCGCCUAAUGCCAAGAACUGCUGAAACCACCGUUUCCCCGUCUCAGCACUAAUCCAAUUUGCCACUCUGCUCCUUAAAUGGGAUUUGGCUUCUAGACAUUGAGACCUGGGGGGGCACCGUCUCCAGAUUCCUACAAAUUCCCCGCACACAUCAGCCCGGCCUGCCUAGGGUCAUCUGGUCAGACAGCAGGGCUGGCUGCUUGCUCACCAACCUCUGUCCUGGCACCCUGAGCCCAUCCCGGUUGGUGGCACCAGCCUCGAACACCUGACGCACAUCCCAAGGUGGGAGAAACUGCCAGAUACCAUGGCAGCCAACGUGCAGGCCAGUAAGUCUACCCCAAACCACGUCAUCUUCAAGAAGACCUCCCGGGACAAAUCGGUGACCAUCUACCUGGGGAAGAGAGACUAUAUAGACCAUGUCGACCAAGUGGAGCCCGUGGAUGGUGUCGUGUUGGUGGACCCUGAGCUUGUGAAGGGAAAGAGAGUGUACGUCUCUCUGACCUGCGCCUUCCGCUACGGCCAGGAAGACAUCGAUGUGAUUGGCCUGAGCUUCCGCAGGGACCUGUACUUCUCCCAGGUCCAGGUGUUCCCUCCCGUGGGGGCCGCGAGCGCCCAAACGAAGCUGCAGGAGAGCCUGAUCAAGAAGCUGGGGGGCCACACAUACCCUUUCCUGCUCACGUUUCCUGACUACUUGCCCUGCUCGGUGAUGCUGCAGCCAGCUCCGCAAGAUGUGGGGAAGUGCUGUGGGGUUGACUUCGAGGUCAAAGCAUUCGCCACAGACAGUGCAGAUACCGGAGAAGACAAAAUUCCCAAGAAGAGCUCUGUGCGUUUGCUGAUCCGGAAGGUACAGCACGCACCCCUCGAGAUGGGUCCCCAGCCCCACGCGGAGGCUGCCUGGCAAUUCUUCAUGUCCGACAAGCCCCUGCACCUCACCGUCUCCCUCAGCAAAGAGCUCUAUUGCCACGGGGAACCCAUUCCUGUGACCGUGACUGUGACCAAUAACACGGAGAAGACCGUGAAGAAGAUCAAAGCACUAGUGGAACAAGUGGCCAACGUGGUUCUCUACUCGAGUGAUUAUUACAUCAAGCCGGUUGCCACGGAGGAAACACAGCAAAAAGUGCCACCAAACAGCACCCUGACCACGACGCUGACGCUGGUGCCCUUGCUGGCUAAUAACCGCGAGAGAAGGGGCAUCGCUCUGGAUGGGAAGAUCAAGCACGAGGACACGAACCUUGCCUCCAGCACCAUCAUGAAGGAAGGCAUGGACAAGACCGUCAUGGGCAUCCUGGUGUCUUACCAGGUCAAGGUGCAGCUCACGGUGUCUGGCCUCCUGGGAGAGCUCACCUCCAGCGAAGUGGCCACUGAGGUGCCGUUCCGCCUCAUGCACCCCCAGCCCGAGGACCCAGAGGCCAUGGACAGUUCCUGAUUUCGGCUUUGAUUGCCGAGGCAUCCACUUCAAAGAGGCGUCCACUUCAACGCUGGCCAGCCAAGGACUAGAUCAGAGCCCGGCCUUCUCCCCCCACUGAGGCUCCCUUGGUUGAGAGAUCUUGGUUGAUUUCAAUAGCAGAUCUUUUGAGUCCCUUGUUUUUAGUCUUUCUGGACUUUAAAUUCCCAGUCUUCUGUUUUACAUGCACCAGCAGAGUGAACCCUGGAAACCCUAGGCCCCAGCGCCCCAACCCCAAUAAACAUGCGGAGCCCCAGGCCCCUCCGCAAGGUCUCUCUCCCACUUUCACCCACGACCUGGUGGUGUGGCCCCAGGUGUGCUGUGUAAUUUCCAGAUCCUGUAAGUAAUAAACCUUUAUUUUCUCAA